GCCAGUCCCUUCUCCAUCCUCAACCAAUCCUUCCUCCAUAUUACUGGGACCUAGCAUCAAUAGACACCUACCCGUACAUAUACGCCCUACACGCCAUCUCCGAGAUGGCCUUCGCCGACGCUGUCGACCGCAUCAUCGCCGGAAACCGAGUCUACUCCAAGCUCGCUGCCGAGCAAGAUCCGAAUCACUUCGUUGAACUCAGCAAAGGUCAGGCACCUGAGGUUCUGUGGAUUGGCUGCGCCGAUAGCAGAAUCCCAGAGACGACCGUCUGCCAUAGCAAGCCUGGCGAGCUGUUCGUCCAUCGCAACAUCGCCAACUGCGUGCACGCAGACGACAUCAACGCCGCGUCUGUCGUCGAAUAUGCUGUCGCGCAUCUCAAGGUGCAGAAGGUAGUCGUCUGUGGACACACCAAGUGUGGAGGUGCCAAUGCAGCCCUGGGUGACGCAGAUCUGGGAACCACGCUGAACACAUGGCUGCAUCCUGUCCGAGAGCUGCGCCGAAAGCACAAAGCUGAGCUCGAGAAGCUUCCUGACGACGACGCACGCGCUGUGCGCGUCGCAGAACUCAACGUCCAUCAGUCCAUCGAUGUUCUCAAACAUCAUCCAGCCAUCAAGAAGGCCAUGAACGAUCGUGGCCUCUCCAUCCACGGCUUGAUCUACGACCUCGGUGCUGGAGAACUUAGACUUUUGGAGGAGGCGGGUGGCAGGAAGUCCAAUGGUCUGUGGAGCCCCGCACUCUAGCCAUUCAUACUAGAAAGAAACACGUGAGGUUUAUCUGCUUGCCAUGGGAGGACCAUUGUUACCGAGCUGGGGUUUCUGUGAUACUAAAGGCGUUUUGGGGUUUUGGGGUUUUGGAGUUGCAUACACAGGGUGAAGGUACUGUCCAGUCCGUCUGAUCGGACAAGCGUGGAGUCUUGAGGCGAGAACACAAUUGCGAAUAAACCGCGCAAUAGGCUAUGGGGCGUCGAUGCU